GUACCAUCUAUAUAAACCUUCAUGCAAUCGGCCACUAAUUUUAUUCAGCUAUAUCAAGCAGCACAUUCAGUCUUAUAAAACAAAUUCAAUUUUAUUAGAGAUAUUCAUUCAUUUACAUUCAGAUGCUCUCAGUCAUGACUGAGGGAGGCACUGUUUCCAUGGUGAUAAGACAGAUAGCCCAUAACUCCCCUCCCCCCUCUCUAUCCAUCUGUCCCGGAUUGGCUGUUGAGGUGGAGAGCUCAGUAAGAAGCGACAUUUUUUUCCCAUCAUUCCUUUCCCCAUUCAAAGCAAGCUAGCAGAGCUGCACACCAGGAAAUCCAGCGAGCAAGGCAUGGCAAAUGUAUUCUCCACUGCACUUACUCGCUCCUAUGAUGAGGCCGACAGGAUAACAGCUUCAUCAGUACAUGGAUACAUCAUCAUUACAAGACAUGGAGGCUGCAAAAUCUCCACCCAUGAUCUCCUUGGAACGCAAGGCUCGGCCAAAGAAAGGACCAGCAGAGAUCUUUAAGACCAAACUGCGCCGUCAACUUUCUUGUUCGGUGCCCAAAGUAAAGAGCACACUAACAGACUUCUUCCCUGUGGUGCUCUGGUUGCCAAAGUAUAAGAUAAAGGAAUAUGGAUGGGGUGAUCUGAUGUCAGGGCUCAUAGUGGGGAUAAUUUUGGUCCCUCAAGCCAUUGCUUACUGCCUGCUGGCAGGCCUAGAACCCAUUUAUGGUUUAUAUACAUCCUUUUUUGGAAAUAUCAUCUACUUUAUCUUAGGCACAUCCAGGCAUGUAUCUGUGGGUAUCUUCAGUCUCAUGAGUUUAAUGGUGGGGCAGGUUGUAGAUCGAGAAGUCUAUCUGGCAGGUUUUGAUUUGAGUGAUGAGAGUAAGCAAAGCUCCUUGGACAGUGAAUGGAACAUCACUGAAGACUACAGCAAAACUGCAAUUAAUCUCACCAUAAAGGCCUUCAGUAUGGAGUGUGGAAAAGAAUGCUAUGCUAUCAGUAUUGCAACUGCAUUAACAUUCCUUGCUGGAGUUUACCAGGUACUAAUGGCUGUGUUUAGGAUGGGUUUUGUCUCUGUUUACCUAUCUGCGCCAAUGCUGGAUGGCUUUGCCACUGGUGCCUCAUGUACCAUCCUAACAGUGCAGGUUAAGUAUCUACUGGGCCUCAAAAUCCCUCGCCACCAGGGCUAUGGAACAGUGGUGGUGACUUGGAUCAACAUUUUUAAGAACAUACACAACACCAACUUCUGUGAUAUGAUCACAAGUGCUAUUUGUGUUGCUGUGCUAGUAGGAGGGAAAGAGCUCCAGGAACGGUACAAGAAUCGUCUGAAAAUGCCACUGCCCACAGAACUUGUAGUAGUGGCAGUAGCUACCAUAGUGUCCCAUUUUGCUGAUCUCAAUGGACACUACAGCUCUAGUAUUUCAGGUGCCAUUCCAACUGGUUUCAUACCCCCACAGGUCCCAAAUUUUGAACUGAUGCCUAGGCUAGCAGUUGAUGCCAUUCCACUGGCUGUGAUCAGUUUCGCCUUUACCGUUUCCCUGUCGGAGAUGUUUGCUAAAAAGAAUGGAUACACAGUUAGGCCAAACCAGGAGAUGUUGGCGAUUGGUUUUUGUAACAUUAUUCCAUCCUUCUUCCACUGCUUCACCACAAGUGCUGCUCUGGCCAAAACUAUGGUGAAAGACUCAACAGGUUGCCAAACACAAGUCUCUAGUGUAGUAAGCGCCUUUGUAGUGCUCUUGGUCCUUUUAUUUUUAGCCCCAUUUUUCUACUCCCUGCAGAAGUGUGUCCUUGCCUGCAUCAUUAUUGUCAGCCUGAGAGGCGCCCUACGGAAAUUCAGAGACUUUCCCAGGCUUUGGCGUCUCAGCAAGAUUGAUGCAAUUGUCUGGAUGGUGACCAUGUCUUCAGUUGCUUUGAUCAGUGUGGAGAUUGGACUACUGAUUGGGGUAGUCUUUUCUAUGAUUUGUGUUGUGGCUCAAACCCAGUACCCCAAGGUUUCACUACUGGGUCAAAUCGAGAACACUAAUCACUAUGAGGACAUGGGCGACUACAACAACCUUUUGAGCAUUUCCAAAGUAAAAAUUUUCCGCUUUCAGGCUCCCCUUUACUAUGCCAAUAAAGACUUUUUCUUAAAGUCAUUAUACAAAGCAAUUGGACUUGAGCCAUUCCUUGAAAUAACUCGGAGGAGAAAACUAGAGAAAAAAGCAAAAGAAAGAGCUGCAAAGAAGCCUGAUGAAGAUAAUGGUGAUGUAAGUAUAGGUCUAAUAGCUAAUGAGCUGGAUUUCCAUACCAUAAUCUUGGACUGUUCCUCCAUGUCCUUCAUUGACACUACAGGAAUUACCACCUUAAAAGGACUGUUGAAAGAAUAUAAAGAGGUUGGUAUAAAUGUAAUCCUAGCUUGCUGCAACACAAAGGUCAUAGAUUCUUUGAGACGAGGUUCUUUCUUUGGUUCUAAUGAUAAAGAAAUGUAUACAAUGUCAUUUCACACUGUUCAUAGUGCAGUUUCUUUUGCCAUUGAUGAUGCUGCAGCUUCAGUUAAUGCUUCAUCUGUGUAAUCUGUCUGUAACCUGAUUUAAAUAGAUCGAGAAAUAGAUAAAGAAAUAGAUAAAAAUCUAACAAUCUGAAACAGUUAUCAAAUACACACAAAAAUAUCCCAACUAUAUUCCCAAUAAUGUUACUGACCCAUACUACCAUUAGCCUACAGUGAGGGGAAACAAGCAUUCAGACACUUUUCUUUUUGUUAUGUAAUAUACUUCCUGUGCAUAUGUUCACUGCAAAUUUACACACAUGGUGUCGUUUGACUUGUACCUAUGAACGAAAAUUAAGAAGUUUGUUUUUAUGGUAAGAAGUAAUUAGCUUCUUGAAGCAUUGUGGUUCAAUUUUGGCCCAUUCCUCUUGGCAACCCGUUUUCAAUUCUUAGAGGUUAUGAGAGUCCUUCUGAUAACCGUUUCUUUGCAGAUGAAAUUAAAUUCUCCUCUAUUAUGUCCCAGUACAUCACUCCAUUCAUGUUUUCUUCUAUGACAUGCUCCAUACUUUACUGAAGCUGUGGUGUUCUUGGUAUCAAAUGUGCAGCCCUCCUUUCUAGCAACAUGACAAACUGAAUUAUUGCCAAAGAGUACAUUGUUCCAAGGGAGUUCUGAUUUGUCUAAACAUCAGUGUGCAUAUUUUAGACAUGGAUCUCGAAGCUCCCUUUUUCACAGAGUCCUGCAAGACUUUUGGAGUGUUCCUUCCUUAUCUAUAUUUGAUGUUGAUAUAUGCACUGAAAGUAUAUUAAGUAACAAAAACAAGAGUGUCUAAAUACUUGUUUCCACUAUGCUUUUAGAAACUAAACAUUUUUAUAUACAGCAAAUAAUUUACUACAGCAGAAGGAAACCUUCACAGCAUAAAUAAGCCCAACACUGUAACAAUUUCUCAACACUGUAACAAUUUCUACCGAUUAGAUUUUUUUCUUACUUUUUACUGCAAGGAGAGAUGUGACUGUGGUCACUGUAUGUACGUAACCUAUUGUAUUGUAUAUGCCUAAUGUGAAUCCAUUUUUGUAUUAUUGAAAAGGAAAGAUCUUUCUUUUUGUAUGAUUUUUAUUUGAUAUCUGUCUAAUGGCAAAUAAUACUUAGUAGAAACUGUGACUGAUGAUCUAGUUUAUGACUCAGAAUAACCAUUAUUCUCUGCUGAUGAAAUCAAGAUCUAAUAGAAUUCCUGUCUGUUCGUUCAACUGUUAACAGAUGUUUUUGAUAUUAUUUAGUGAUGUCUGCAUAGUUUGUUCUUUGGAGUGUCCAAUAAAAAAAUCUCCUCUUUUUACACUGAUAAUAAACAAAGGCAACAAUG